AUGUCUAACUGUGUUUCAGUGGUACUGGGGCAGAAUGUCUGGAGUGUUACCUACACCAAGAAGAGUAUCUGUGCCUUGAAGGGGUCAACAGUGGAGAUGUCCUGCACUUACACAUAUCCCAGAGGUUAUAUCGUCACAACAACCUUGUGGUUCACUGAAAUUUAUGAUGUGGAGAAUUAUGAGAGUCUGUUAGAUGACCCAGACUACAAAGGUCGUGUGACGUACCGUAGUGAUAAGACGAAUGGACACACCCUGACAAUCACAAACCUGAGAGAGAGUGACUCAGCAACGUACAAGUUCAGAUUUAUAACAAAUCAGACCGGAGGGAAAUAUUUUGGGAGCCCUGGAGUCACUUUGUCUGUUACAGGCGUGCAGGUGAAUGUGACCACUACAUGGUGGUCAACGACACUGACCUGUAGCACCACCUGUACUCUGACUGACAACCCCAACCCCACCUACAUCUGGUACAGGAACAGUAAGAUUGUACAACAGGACUCCUCUCCCUCAUACACAGUCCGCUUUAAAACUGAAGACAGCUUCUACUGUGCUGUAAAAGGCAUCAAUUCUAAUGCAGUGUUGGUAAUGGGUCAGAAUGGCUGGAGUGUUACACACACCACUCAGAGUAUCUGUGUCUUGAAGGGGUCAACAGUGGAGCUGACCUGUUCUUAUACAUAUCCCAGUGGUACAGUCACAACAACCCUUUGGUUCACUAAAUGGGGGACUGGUGUAGAACCUAAAGAUCUAGGUCAGGACCCAGAGUAUGCAGGUCGUCUGGUGUAUCAUGGAGAUAAGAAGAAAGACUGUACCCUGAGAAUCACAGACCUGAGAGAGAGAGACUCAGCUACGUAUUGGUUCAGACUAUUAACAGAUCAGGAUGGAGGGACAUUUACUGGCAAUCCUGGAGUCACUCUGUCUGUUACAGGUCUUCAGGUGAAGGUGACUGGUGGACAUCAGGAUAAGACACUGACCUGUAUCACCACCUGUACUCUGACUGACAACCCCACCUACAUCUGGUACAAGAACGGACAACAUCUAGAUGAGAGCACCUCCCCCCAGUACAAAGACCCAGUCUCCAGCAACUAUGAAGACAGUUACUCCUGUGCUGUAAAAGGCCACGAGAAUCUCCAUUCUCCUGCAAUGUGUCAGAAGUGUUGGAGUGUGACUUACACCCAUCAGAGUAUCUGUGCUUUGAAGGGGUCAACAGUGGACAUAUCCUGCUCUUACACAUAUCCCAGUUAUCAUGAGAUCAAAAAUGCUCUCUGGUUUACUAAAUGGUCUGGUAUGGACACUGAAGAUCUGAGCUCAAUGCCAGGGUAUGAAGGUCAUAUAGAGUACCUUGGGGAUAAGGAGAGUGACUGUACCCUGAGAAUCACAGACCUGAGAUUGAAUGACUCUGCAGGGUACAGGUUCAGAUUCAUAACAUCUGGAGGAAAGUAUUCUGGCUCACCUGUCUCCCUGACUAUCACAGAUCUUCAGGUAAAGAUUACAUCUUCACUGUUUUCAAGACAGGUGACACUGACCUGUAUCACCACCUGUACUCUGACUGACAACCCCACCUACAUCUGGUACAAGAACGGAAACAAAGUAAAGGAGGACACUUCCAGACUGGACUCAGACUACCGUAACACUGAAGACAGCUUCUCCUGUGCUGUAAAAGGCCAUGGGUACGUCCACUCUACUGCAGUGUGUGUCCGUGGUCAGAAGUGUUGGAGUGUGACUUACCCCCAUCAGGGAGUCUGUGCCUUGAAGGGGUCAUCAGUGGAUAUAUCCUCCACGUAUGACAGUGGUUAUGAUACGAUCACAUCAACACUCUGGUUUAGUCCCAAACAGAGUGACAGGUGGAGGGAUGAGUUGAUCCCUGAGGACCUAACCACAGACCCAGGGUAUGCAGGUCAUGUGGAGUAUGUUGGAGAGAAGGAGAGAGGUCGCUCCACCCUGAGAAUCACAGAUCUGAGAGAGGAGGACUCUGCUGAGUACAAGUUCAUAUUCAACACACAGACAUCAAGAUGGGGAUACAGUUUCCCUGGAACAACUCUGACUGUCACAGGUCUUCAGGUGCGGAUUAAGGAUCCAACCAACAUCAUAGAGGGAAAGGGUCUUUGUCUGUUCUGUGAGUCCAUAUGCUUUCUGCAGAACAACCCCUCUUACAUCUGGUACAAGAACGGACAACGUCUGUUCAGACACGAGACUAAGUACCUGAUCCUAGACCCAGUCAGCAGUGAGGAUGCAGGCAGAUACUCCUGUGCUGUUAAUGGCCAGGAGGAUCUGCCCUCUGCUGAAGAGACUCUCACUGUCAGAUAUGGCCCAAAGGUCACCUCAGUGUCAGUCAGUCCCUCUGGUGAAAUAGUGGAGGGCAGUUCAGUGAAUCUGACCUGCAGCAGUGAUGCCAACCCACCUGUGGACAAAUACACUUGGUACAAGAAGAACGUAGCCUCACCAAAAGCAUCAGGACAGAGUUACAGCAUCACUAACAUCAUCUCUGAGGACAGAGGAGAAUAUUACUGUGAGGCUGAGAAUAAAUAUGGACGACUCAACUCUUCUUCUGUGUUUGUGGACGUUCAGUAUACUACAGCAUUGUUUCUCUGGGUUCCUGUGAUGGGUGUGGGGGCUGCCCUGACUGUUGGAGCUCUUCUUGUCACCAUCUACUGCUAUAUGAAGAGGAGACACACAGGAGGAAGUGAUGACACAGCAGACAGACAGAGUGUCCAUCCUGACCCCAACAGUGACAUGUACACAUCUCUGAACAUGAAGACCAGGUCACCAGAGUAUGACACCCUGGCAAAUGUGAGGGACUUCGCAGUGACACAGCCCUCAGAUACAUGCUGAGCCCUCCGAUUAUGAGAUCUUAAGACAACCACCACAGAACCUGGACAAAAGAGAACCACCACAGAACCUGGACUGAAGAGAACCACCAAAGAUUCUGUACUGAAUAGAAUCUCCACAGAACCUGGGCAGAAGAGAACCACCAAAUAUUCUGGACUGAAGAGAACCACCACAGAACCUGGACUGAAGAGAACCACCACAGAACCUGGACUGAAGAGAACCACCACAGAACCUGGACUGAAGAGAACCACCAAAGAUUCUGGACUGAAGAGAACCACCACAGAACCUGGGCAGAAGAGAACCACCACAGAACCUGGACCGAAGAGAACCACCACAGAACCUGGACUGAAGAGCAACAGCAUCAAACCAAAGCCCGGCCUCACAAUGUUAUUCUCUUACUAUCAUGUUGCUUUUUAAUCUAGAAGGUUUGAGACAAUGAGCUUUAACUUUUGAGUAAGUGCUGGAAUUUAGAUUGUUCUCCUUAUGAUAAAUACAGUUUGUGCACUACCAUUCAAAAGUUUGGGGUCGCUUAAAAUGUCCUUGUUUUUGAAAGAAAAGCAAAAAAAAAAAGUCCAUUAAAAUAGCAUCUAAUUGAUCAGAAAUGCAGUGUAGACAUUGUUAAUGUUGUAAAUUACUAUUGUAGCUGGAAAUGGCAGUUGUUUUAUGGAAUAUCUACAAAGGCAGACAGAGGCCCAUUGUCAGCAACCAUCACUCAUGUGUUCCAAUGGCACGUUGUGUUAUCCAAGUUUAUCAUUUUAAAAGGUAAAUUAAUCAUUAGAAAACCAUGUUGUAAUUAUGUUAGCACAGCUGAAAACUGUUGUGCUCGCUGAUUAAAGAAGCAAUGAAACUGGCCUUUUUUACACUAGUUGAGUAUCUGGAGCAUCAGCAUUUGUGGGUUCAUUUACAGGUUCAACAUGUCAACUUAUCUGUUUACUAUCUGUAGAUUGUAUUGCUUAUCUUUUUUAUGGGAUUUUGCCAAUUCCAGAUUUUUAUAACAUAUAAAGUUAUGUCUUGUCUUAGUGACACAAAAAGGAAUAAUAUUGACAAGAGCUUUUAAAUGUUUGUAUCUCUGGAGUUGUUCCUGAUGUGUUAAAAUAUGUUUUACUUUGUAUUGCUGUCAGUCAUUACUGGUCAUUCUCUAUUUUAUAUUAUGUAAUACUAUAUUGUUCAGUGUCAUGAUAUUGCUUGUUUCAUUAUCAAAUAAUUAAUAAUGACAUAUUUUAGACACAUUGAAUACAGUAUAAGCAUCAUGUUGUAAAUAAGCUCAAAGGUAGACAAUAAAAAGACAACAAAUAAAUUGAU